AUGAGAAGACUCGUGGUGCUCGUCUUGCUGGCCCUCUGCAGACCUUCGCAGCAACAUGACAACACCACCGAGCUCUACACCAACUCCUCUGACCACCACAAACCAGAAAAAGAUCCGUUGUUCCCGGAGGAUCUGUUCACUAUGGAGCAACGACGGAACGGAGCCGUCGUGUUCCAUAUUAUCGGGGUGAUCUACAUGUUCGUCGCACUAGCCGUGGUUUGUGACGAGUUCUUCGUCCCUUCCUUGGAUGUAGUCAUCGAGAAGCUCGACAUCGCCGAGGAUGUCGCCGGAGCCACGUUCAUGGCUGCGGGAGGCUCCGCCCCGGAACUGUUCACUUCGGUGAUCGGUGUAUUCGUCAGUUUCGACGACGUCGGUAUCGGUACUAUCGUCGGAUCCGCGGUUUUCAACAUCCUCUUUGUGAUCGGCAUGUGCGCUCUGUUUUCUCGUACGGUUCUCACACUCACGUGGUGGCCGCUUUUCCGUGAUUGCACCUUCUACUCGGCCUCGCUUAUCAUCCUGAUCAUUUUCUUCCGUGACAACAACAUCUAUUGGUACGAGGCUGCGGUGUUGUUCUCCAUUUAUCUGAUGUACGUCAGCUUCAUGAAGUGGAACCAGCAGGUGGAGCGGUUCGUGAAGAAACACCUGUAUAAGAACAGGGUGACCAGAGUACGCAGCACGGACCAACUUAUGCCAUCGCACCAGGCGGCUGCCCACACACUGCAUGGAAACGCUGCCACCUCGAGUCAGACCAGCGUCGGGGGCGGCGGCUCAGCAGGAAGUGGAGUUCCCUCGGCCGGAAGAGGAAGUGCUAGCGGGGGAACCGGAAGUGGUGGUGCACCCGCACAGCCUUCAGGAAACAAAUUCAGACAUGGUCUGCUCCAACUUAUGAUCCACACCAUCGACCCCCUUCAUGAUGGCAAAGUGGACGAAAAGGCGACGCAGUUACACGCCAUAGCCUCGCUCAAGGUGCUGCUAGACGCCACCAAGCCUCACAACGGGGCUGCCUCAACCUCGGCAGCCAAUCAUGUCCAAUCUACCUUAGAGACUCAGUUAGCUCAACAGUCCGAGCCCAAUGGAGUUGCCCUGGGAGGCAUUGAACCUUUGGAUGAUGACGAGGAUGGCAAUGAGCCACUGGACAUGUCUUGGCCAGACACGGGGCGUAAAAGACUCACCUACAUGCUGGUGGCUCCCAUUGUAUACACACUGUGGCUCACACAGCUAGACACCAGGACACUCUAG